AUGGUUGGUAUUCCAGUGAAAGCCCUAGUGCUUUUACAACUUUCAAUGUUGGUACUUAGCUCAUUCUCAGGUCAAGGCAUUGAAACUUUGCCUGAUGCAACUCUUGAGCAUCUUAAAUGGCCGAAGAGUAAUAACUUUCCUUCCUUUGGGGAAUCCAAAUGUUCUCCCAGUAGACCUCCACCUAAGCGGCAACAGCCGUCACCACCACCACCACCACUGAAGCCAUCACCGCCUCCUCCACCAGUUGAUGAUAUGGCACCAUCUCCAUCACCAGCUCCUCAGCCAUCAGUUGUGGGACGGACACCACCAGAUAUGCUGUUAAGAUGCUCAGCUCGUGUCGCUGGAAAUAGUAUGGUCAUUCGUGGCCUUCAUCAUUAG